CAAAUCAUUUCAUUCACACAAUUGGGACACAAAUUGCUAUCAAAGACAACACUUAACACACGUUUGGAUCCGCUUUUUGGCCAUUGAUUUGAUUAUCGAAAGACUAAAAGAAUGGGUAUUUUGGACAGAAUCGCCGAAAUCGAGAGAGAAAUCUCUAGGACUCAGAAGAAUAAGGCCACUGAAUACCAUUUGGGAGUCUUGAAGGCCAAGUUAGCCAAAUAUAGGGCACAACUACUGGAACCGACCACCAAAUCAUCGGCGAAGGGCGAGGGCUUUGAUGUGAUGAAAAGCGGUGACGCGAGGGUCGCACUCAUCGGCUUCCCAUCCGUCGGAAAGUCAACUCUAUUGAAUACAGUGACCGACACUCACAGCGAGUGCGCCUCUUAUGAGUUCACGACAUUAACGUGUAUUCCGGGAGUUAUUCACUAUAAGGGGGCAAACAUUCAAUUACUUGAUUUGCCCGGUAUUAUAGAGGGGGCCGCACAGGGUAAGGGUAGAGGUCGUCAGGUGAUAGCUGUGGCGCGAACCUCCGAUCUGGUGAUCAUUAUGUUAGACGCGACCAAAAGCGAAAUCCAGAGGGAACUGUUGGAGAAGGAGUUGGAAUCGGUCGGCAUUCGGCUUAACAGACGUCCACCUAAUCUAUACUUUAAGGAGAAGAAAACGGGCGGCAUAUCAUUCAACGCCACGUGUCCUCUCACUAAAUGCGAUGAGAAAUUGGUUCAAUUGGUUUUACAUGAAUACAAGAUAUUUAACGCCGAGAUUCUGUUCCGCGAAGACAGUUCUGUCGACGACUUGCUUGAUGUGGUGCUUAAGAAUCGGGUGUAUUUGUCGUGUCUUUACAUAUACAACAAAAUCGAUCAGAUCUCGAUGGAAGAGGUGGACCGAGAGCGGGCUGUCGGCGUGUCACAUCAGCAGUCGACAUUAUACUUUGAGUUAAAUCUGGUAUACAAUCUUAAGUCCAGAUGUGAACCGCCCGACUUUGAAGACGGGCUGAUUAUGCGCCGCGCUUCCACUGUUGAACACGUUUGCCAUACUAUUCAUCGAAGUAUUGCCGAAACAUUUAAAUAUGCAUUGGUUUGGCCGCACAGUGUAGUCGUCAGCUGUAAUAUGAAACUCAAUUUAGACCAUAUGUUAGACAAGAUAUGGGAACACUUGGGUCUCAUUCAGGUCUACACCAAAAAGAGAGGCCAACCGCCCGACUUUGAAGACGGUCUGAUUAUGCGUCGCGCUUCCACUGUUGAACACGUUUGCCAUACUAUUCAUCGAAGUAUUGCCGAAACAUUUAAAUAUGCAUUGGUUUGGGGAACGAGUACUAAAUACAGUCCACAAAGGGUUGGUUUAACGCAUGUCGUCCAUCACGAAGAUGUCGUACAGAUUAUAAAGAAAUGAUAUUUUAUGGUAUAUUUAAUUGCAAUUUUCUAAUAUAACACAAUCUGUUGAACUGAGUUAUGGAUUAAGAAUUAUAUAUAAGUUUUUUAAAUGAAUUGUUUUUAUUUAUGAAUAAAAUGCGAAACUAAACAAAAAA